UACCUCAUAUGUAAUCAUAUAUAAGUGUUGUAUAAAAUUUCGGUAUUUGCUUUAUAAAACAGUUGGUUGAGUACAACUAUCUGAUCAAACAGAGAACCUCCAGUCUCUCAAGUUUCUUCCAUGGCUUCGAUGAUCUCACAUGCUGGAGCUGUCAGCCAUAAAUUGUUGAGCUUAAAUAGCUCUAGUUCCGGAGGUUCAACCCCAAGCACAGCCUUCUAUGGCAGCGGUUUGAAGAAGACAAACUCUAGAUUCACUCACCAGAAGACUAGUGAGGCCAAAACCUUUAGAAUUGCCGCGGAGAUAGAUGAAGGAAAGGCAAAACCAAAGGUGGACAAAUGGGGAGGACUUGCCUACGACAUUUCUGAUGACCAACAAGACAUCACAAGAGGAAAGGGACUGGUUGACUCCCUUUUCCAAGCUCCAUCUGGUGCAGGAACUCAUGAUGCUAUUAUGAGUUCUUAUGAAUACCUCAGCACCGCACAAAAGAUAUAUGACAUGGAUAACAAUAUGGAUGGAUUCUACAUAGCUCCAGCUUUCAUGGAUAAGCUUGUUGUUCACCUUAGUAAGAACUUCAUGACCCUGCCUAACAUCAAGGUUCCUCUUAUUCUUGGUGUUUGGGGAGGAAAGGGUCAAGGAAAAUCAUUCCAGUGCGAGCUUGUCUUUGCCAAGAUGGGGAUUAUCCCAAUCAUGAUGAGUGCUGGAGAGUUAGAAAGCGGGAAUGCAGGAGAGCCAGCCAAACUAAUCCGACAAAGAUACCGUGAAGCAUCAGAUAUCAUCAUGAAGAAAGGAAAGAUGUCUUGCCUAUUUAUCAAUGAUCUUGAUGCAGGAGCUGGUAGAAUGGGUGGUACCACUCAAUACACUGUUAACAACCAGAUGGUGAAUGCAACACUUAUGAACAUAGCUGAUAAUCCCACCAAUGUCCAGCUUCCUGGUAUGUACAACAAGGAGGAGAAUAUGCGUGUGCCAAUCAUAGUCACAGGAAACGACUUCUCAACACUCUAUGCGCCUCUUAUCCGCGAUGGUCGUAUGGAGAAAUUCUACUGGGCUCCCACCAGGGAGGAUCGUAUCGGUGUUUGCAUUGGGAUCUUUAGGACUGACAAUAUCCCUGAUGAGGCUGUUGUCAAGAUUGUUGACACCUUCCCUGGCCAAUCCAUUGAUUUCUUUGGUGCUCUUCGUGCUCGAGUCUAUGAUGAUGAAGUAAGGAAGUGGAUCUCAGGGAUUGGAAUUGAGGGUAUUGGAAAGAAGCUUGUUAACUCAAAAGAUGGACCCCCGACUUUUGAUCAACCGAAAAUGACCCUGGAAAAGCUUCUGGAGUAUGGACAUAUGCUUGUUCAGGAACAGGACAAUGUUAAGAGAGUACAAUUGGCUGAAAAAUAUUUAAAUGAGGCUUCUCUCGGAGCAGCAAAUGAGGAUUCUAUCAAUCAAGGAAAAUUUCUUGGUUAGUGGUUUAACAUUGUCUGAAUACAGGAAAUGCACAAUAAGAUUUCAAGAUUACAAUUUACAAGCUAGUGUUCCCAUCUCCUGAGGUUGCACGGAUCGAACAGAACAUAAAUUUUCAUCCAGAAGCUAGGGGUGACAAUCGUCGCUUUCAGGGAAGAGAAUUUUGCUUUGUCUUGUUAGGACGUGCUAUUUCAGGAUCAUGACCGUUUACUUAAUUGUAAAUUUGUGUACUAAACUUGGUUCGAGCUUGAUCAACUCUGCCCUCUGCACAAUCUCCUCUGAUCUACUUGUCCUGUUGAUGUAACAUACCGAACUUGUCUCAUCACAUUCAUACUCACUACAGAAAAUUUAGAAGACAUAUAUACUCGUCACAAUAAGUCUACUAUCAUGUAAUGUAUCAGUCUAUAGAAAAUGUUUAAGGUGAUAUGGAGAUACU